UACUCACUACUAAUGCUGCCUGUGACGCCAACCAAACCACUCAUUUCACUUUCUUUCCUUCUCCCGAACUCUCCAAUUUUCCUUUUUUGCCUUUUUCCCAUCUCCUAAUUUUAACUCUUUCUUGACAGUUCAUUGCCAUUAAUCCAUUUCCCCACUUGUUCUUCUUCCUAACUACUUUAUUUAUGUGAAAUCCCUCUUUGCUUAAAGAUCAAGAAUCAUCCUUCUUGAUUACUACAUUUUCUUUUCUUUAUUAAAAAAUUGUGAGGAAUAUAGCACAAAGAUGUCUGUUAGUGUUAGUGGGGUUCUAUUCCCCUUUAUGUUCUUUGUUUUAUUUAUGAGUUUUCUUGGUGCUCCAAUUUCCCAAGCAAAAGGGUCUGAGAUGGUGCCUCUAAUUGAGCCAGUGAAGGCAGAGAAAAUGAUGAUGAUGAUGCUGAAUAACACACGGAGGAAGCUAGGGAGUUUUCAGAUUUGUGCACUUUGCACUUGCUGUGGUGGGGCAAAAGCAGUAUGUUUGCCUACACCUUGUUGCUAUGCUAUCAAUUGCAACAUACCAAACAGGCCUUUUGGUUACUGUUCUUUCACUCCCAAAACUUGUAAUUGCUUUGGAUGCCAUUACUAAAUCCACAAGAUAUCAAAAAAAGUAUCUCUCUUUCUAUAAUAGAAAAGAAGGGAAGGAAAGUUGUAAGUCAAAUUAGAUCUUUUUUUGGUAUGUGAUUUGUGUUUACCGUGAGUCUGAAAGGGGAGAGGAAUAUCUGUUCUUAGAUUUGAUUUGUUUAUAAUUGUUUGAAGGACAGCUAUUUCCAGGUAAUCUUUUGCUACUUCAUGAUGGGAUUUGUGCCCCUAGCAGUAGUGUUAGUUUUUACUCUUUCAGUAUUGAAGAAAAUGUGAUUCUUUUUCUAAGUAGCAAAAAACUUGGAUGAAGUACUACUUUCAGAUUGAAGUAUAAUACAUUUAUCCAUUAAGUGUU